AUAGGUUCGUUGCAACAGCCAGGCUAUGAUUGAUGUACUCUCAUUCACACAUCUCAAUCUCAUUCUCUUCUACCUAGUGAAUACGGCCAUUCUCGGGUCUCUAUUGUUCAUCCAUGCUUGGUAGGCGAAGUUGAUAAACACAACGAGGACAUCAACAUACAUUUUCGUAGACGUUUUUUUGCAGUACCUAUCUCACCUAGCCACUGCUGUCAGUGUUUAUUGCGGGUUUCGUUGUGUUUUAACCGACUAGUCUUUUUCUAGAAAUGCUCCUUUAGAUAUAAUUUGCCUAUGUAUAAGACUUAGACUGACAGAGAACGACAAAGGAUGACGGAAGUAAAGAAGGAACCUGCGGUCGAGGCAGUGCAAAACGAGCCGGCUGCUAAACGAGUGAAAACCGAACCUGGCCAAGGAAGUUCAUCAAGCUCCGCGGCGCCGAAAAGCCGCAUUAUACGCGCGCAGAAACAGGAACAGAUUGGAGACCUAUGGAAGGUUACCACAUGUUGAGUCCAUCCACUCUUGCUUUUUUAACCUCCCUAUGCUCGUUCAAUGUUUGUCUGUUCGUUCGAUUUCGAAAGCAACUUUCAUAACUCGAAAAAAUUUAGUACACCAACACCCCGACCUCCACCCAGCAACCUCUGCAACAAAGACAGUAAUCGUAUUUUUUCAUAAGCAGCACCCGGCGAUGGUGAUCAGGGCGAGGCGUCAUUGCAGGAGCGAAAACUCGACGAGCAACCACGCAUUCUGAGCUCGAUACACUUGCUCAAUGCCAAUGUUGAGGAAACUAGCGCCGCGCUGUACUGGAUUUGCGACGCAAAGAUGCUGAAGAAGGUUGGCGCAUGCAUCCAACAAAUAUGUAUUAAUUUGCUCUUACACUGCUGUUUGUGUUUACUUUUGUUUUUGUGACACCUGCUAGUGCUAGAUAGAAAGAAAACGUAGAGUUCCACGCUAGCUCCGAACUCAGAUAGUGCAGGCGAUCUUACUGAAGCUCGAAAUAUAUUCAGAGAGCAUGCUGUGCUGAUGGAUGCCUUGAGGACCGGAUAAGGAGACUAGCUCCAAGUCUUAGGUCUUGCUCGGUCGAUACUCCUUUCGUGUUAACUUGGUACUAGGGACGGUCGUCGAAGGAACUGAUUUACUGUAUGAUGAGGGCGACCUGUAGAUAAACUGUUGUUAGUCCACGGAGUGGCACGGUACAUCGGAUGAGCUAACCCAAGUUGUAUGGCGAAUCGAUAGUUUCGUUGAUAGUCUUACUAUAAUUGCCUCGUAUGGUGCAGCCGCUGUGAAGCUUUGUCCGCAUGUACUGCCACCAAAACCAAACCUGUUUUGUGUAGUUUGAUGCAGGAACUUUUUUUUUUCUUCGAAAUGGACUAGAGUAUGCAGUUCAUCAUCAUGCAGCUUCUGCCAUUCAUCCUCGUCAAAAGUGAUUGAGGUAUGGUUUGCAAGCCCCAAUAGUCCAUCCCGUGUGGUCAUGCGAAAAAAGAAAACAAAAUACUAACUCAAUAUGUACCUAUGGAGAAAGCAAAUUACGUGAAUUUUUUUUUAAACAGGUACUUGAAAUUCUAUUUUGAUUGCAAAAUAGAGCUCAUGGUCAAAAUUGUGAGGGGUGUUUGUAUUGCGCUCAUACCAAUAAGCAGAAAUAGUAUCAUCACGAAUUGAAUUUGAUAAAAAGGCGAUAAAAUCAAAAAUUUAGCUUCUUUUCAAUUUUUACAUUCAGAUUUUACAAAUUUUACUUAGAUCCACCAUAAUUAUGAAACACCCACAAUGCGCUCAACAGUAAUUGAAUUUAAUUAAAAUGCGAUAAAAUCAAAAUUUUUACGCUUUUCAAAUUCAAAAUUCAAUUUCAGCAAAAUUUCUUGCUGAUUCUCAACCUUCAACUACAACACCAUGAGAACAUCAACCGCUCUCCAAUUCGGGCCAUCAGGGUAAUGUUGUGCAUUACUAUUAUCAGGUUUUUUUUGGGAUUUUCAUCUUUAUUUUUUUAUAUUUGUGUGCCAUCGCCAUUUCUUCAUACCAAUCCUGACAGGUAAGGAGGUGAGCAUAACAGCAAACACUGAGGAUCUCACGAUAGCUGGGGUGGACCAAGGUCGGUCUUGCGUGUGCGAGUGCAGGAUAAUGAAGUCCGCGUUUACCAGGUACCGCAGUCAGGUGAGUGGCUUCCAACUCGGACUGGAUUUGACAAGUUUCAUGCGGAUACUCAGUCCAUUCAAAGACAACGAUAUGGUACUACAAGUGUUAUUUUUCCUUGCUUCUCAAAGUCAAACGGUAACUCUACCUCCUCAUAAUCGCAGCGGCGCUGUGAAUCGAUUACUAGUUGUUCCUCGCAGCUUGUUCAUCUAUGUAAAUUGGUUCUUGUCAAGAAACCCCGUCUACGCUAUCUUCAACAUCUCUACAUACCCCUCACUUCCGCCAGGUCGUAUUUUGCCUCGAGAGCGAGAAUGCUGAAGUGAUGAAGAUACAGGGCUAUCACACCUACAAAAGAAACAACGAAUUUUCGUUUAUUAAAGUGCGACUCCAAGAAGCCUCGGCGCCUCAAGUAGGUUUGGGUGUGGGUCUGGAAAACAACAGUAUCUGGUCUUUGAUCAAUAUGACGUCUUCGGAGUUCACUGAGGUUUUCAAAGACCUCAAGGAAAUUAGCGGUACUUGUUUUUACUUUUAAGUGGAUGAACGCGGCAGGCGGCAACAGACUGUUGUUUGACUAGUUAGCACUACGGCCUGAAUAUGUAGGCAAGGUACUAAAAGUACAAUAAUUUCUACUAGCAUCUAGUACAAGCACGACUUGGCAUCCAGAAUCUUGAAUUACAGGAGAAAAAGUAAAAGGGUUGUGACAGGUUAUGGUUAAACAUUUUAUUUUCGUUCGAUUUUCUGUAUCUGUUUGAAAGGAAAAAACCCCAUAACAGGUAAAACCGUCGAUGUCGAGUACACAGUCGACGGGAAACUGAUUUUGAAACUCCCAGACGAUACAGUGGGCGUCUCUGGUUCGAUGACGCUGAAAGAGGGUGGCGGUCUUGUGAUGACCAAGAAGCCGGAGACAGAAGACAUCAAAAUUAGCGUGAAUGCCGAGCACAUCGCGAAAUUUGGCCCAAUGGGCAGCCAGCUCAGCGAUAGAGUAACCCUCUACAUCGCACACGGUUACCCCUUCGUCUGCCAAUUCCAAGAUGCGAAGAAAACGAAUUGGGCGAACUUCUACCUCAUCCCACGGGUGCAAGGGUAGUCAUGCCAUGCUAAGAAAAUACGUGUUAUGCUUAUGUCGAACAGAUUCUUAUGUCGGAUUGAUUCGCGACUGCUUUCGCGUAUCCUCUGGUAGGUGCACCUGCUGUUGUAGAAUGCUGCUGCGCAGGUGAUUUAGGUCCUCUGGGUGGAUCAACAUUUGACCCUAACGUUGUUCUGCCGAAGGAUGGAAAACAGCGACAAGUCGGUAAUGAUUCACUUCAACAUGAAAGGGCAACAUUGACUCAUUUUUCAAACAUUGUGCAUGCCUUAUUACCAUAGCCUUGACCUCUGAGACGAUGACGAUGGACAUGACCCAGUUGGGAAAAUUAUUGUAAUGUUUCCCCUACUAGUACUAGUACACGGAAGUUUCUAGUGUGUCUUGAAGGAAGAGGUGUCCGAU